UUUUUGGGUUUCUUUGCUAUUGGGAUAACCAUGCCUAACAAAACGAUCUCCCUGUGUUACAAAAAAAAAAUAAACAAAACGAUUUCCCAGAAUCAUGGAAUUUGCUGUCUUAUACCGUCUUUUUGGUCAGUCAUUGUAGCAGCUUCAAGGUUCUUCCUUCAUGCAAAGUAGAAGUAUAAAAUAAUAAAAAGAGAAUAUAGGAGCGCCAUUCGACCAACAAAUUGGUAAAGAUUGUUAUCUUUCUAUUUGAUUCUUUGCUUGUUUACUUUCUCUUAGAUUGUGUUUAAGAAAAUUGUUUAUUAUAUUCUUACUUUAAAGACCUCCUCACCGUUAUUCUUUUCUUUUUCCUUCCUUUUAUGUCUACUUUCCUUCUUCAUUUGUCGAAUGAAUCUAAAUGUUUUUUCCUCUAUAAAUUUAAAAAUAUUUUCCUUUGCUUUCUCACUUGGGAAUUGAGAAAAACAAAUAUUGGAAACAAUGUCUUGGGAAUCAAAUGGAGUAAAUGUGGAAGUUGAUUGGAAACCUGAAAGAACUCUGGUCCUGCUUGGUCGGACUGGGAAUGGUAAAAGUGCGACUGGAAAUAGCAUCCUAGGAGAAACAAAGUUCCUGUCAAAAACAAGAGGAAGAUUCAUUACUAAAGAGUGUAAGCUACAUACUUCUAUGCAACCAAAUGGUCAGAGAAUCAAUGUUAUCGAUACUCCUGGUCUGUUCAGUGCUUCCUCGACGCCAGAUUUCACCAUCAGAGAAAUUGUAAGAUGCUUACGUCUGGCUAAAGACGGCAUAGAUGCAGUCAUUCUGGUUUUCUCUGUGAGGAACCGGUUAACAGAAGAGGAGCAAUUAACACUUCGCACAUUAAAGAUCCUUUUUGGAAGCCAGAUCGUUGACUACAUGAUUGUGGUUUUCACCAAUGGAGAUGCAUUCGAUGAUGGAGAUACACUUGAUGACUAUUUGGAGGAUUGUCCUGAGUUUCAGGAAAUUCUCAAAGAGUGUGAUGACCGCAAGGUGCUGUUUGACAAUAGGCGUAAUAUCCCAAAAAGCAAGAAAGACAAGCAAGUCCAGGAUCUUCUCAACUUCGUGGAGCAAAUCUCAAAGAAGAACAAUGGAAAACCAUUUAUGGCUGACUUAUCACUUGAGCUAAGGGAGAACGAGGCUACGUUAGAGGAAAAACAAAAGCAGAUUCAAGCAAUGAAGGGUCAGUCGAAACAAGAGAUAGCACAAGUUAAGAAGGAAAUGGAGAAAACUUAUAACGAAAUGCUCGAAGGGAUAAAAGAGAAGAUCGCUAACCAACUGAAGGAAUCACUGAAUGAUGUGAAGGAGCAACUAGCUAAGGCACAAGUAGCGAGAGAAGAAGCCGAGAAAAAGAUGUCUGAAAUGCAUAAGCUAUCUUCUGAUGAGAUCAAGAGGCUGAGAGAUCAACUCAACAACGCUGAGAGAGAAACCGCUAGAUUGCGCAGACAGCAGCGUACACAAAAAUGCUCUGUUCUUUAAUCAUAUAUAAAUGCUAUGCUCUACGAUAUCAUAUGAAUCACUCAAUCAAGAUGCCAUAAUGUAUUUCAUAAACAAACAAUAAAACCAAAGUAUGUCUUCAUUAUUACACAAA